AUGAAGCCAGUUGCAAUAAAUUAAACACCUUACGAUUAGAAGUCAUAGUCAUUUUCCAACCAGAUAUUUAACUAGGGUCUCCAUGUCCAAGUCUUCAGCAAGUAUAACAACAUCACCCAUGAUUUCAUUAACCAGCGGCUGCCUGUUCUGAAUCCCUCACUGACAACCCAGCAAAGUCCUAGGUAGAAACAGCAGAUGAUUAACAAUCUCAACUAUAAUUCCAAUAAUUAUCAGCAAUAACCUAGUCCCAGAUAGAACUUAGUCAGAUAUAAGAAAUAAUAAGUCAGGUACAGUACCAAUCCUUCCUCAGUGAGAAGGAAGGCAGAAGGAGAUAUGACCGACAUCAGGGAAGAAGCAGAGAGUCCGCGAUCGAAGUUCAAUAAUGAGCGACUUCGCAAGAUCACUAUUGAUCCCAAUAAUACGGGUCCUUAUCAUAAUCUUAUGGACAGAAGCAAUAUGAGUACAGACAUCAGAACCAAUCACUCCAUUAUAAACACCAGCGAGUAUAACACCAACGCUAACGUGUCUAUGAGUGGCAAGAAGAAGAAGUCAUUGAAGCAUCUGUAUGAGUCCAUGAUUACCACGCGAGACAGAGCAAGCGUAAAUAAUACCAAUAAUAUUCAGCAAGAUACAUUUGAUACACCGUAAUUAUUUGGUCGAGCUAUCUAAGGACUGCACAGUUAAAGAGACUAUGUGGAGGGUAGUUUUUGCCUGAAGGAAAGAAGUCAGCAGCACUCCCCUAUCAAGUAAUACUGGCAAAAGGCUUACUAGAAAGGUUCGAUAGAUUAAGCAGUAAGCAGUCAAAACUUUAAUCCGAAUGACUCUAAAGCAUUCAACAUUUCAAUGAAACCUUAGCUUGAUGAAAUCACUGUUGCAGAUGGUGCAAUACUUAAACAGACUGCUACUAAUUAAAAUCUGCAUUAGCUUAAUUAAUCCACUCUGACACAGCUCUAUAAAUUGGAGGCUUAAAGACUAAGUAGCAGUAUUGAUAAUAGCUCCAGUGUCCAUGACGCCAUAAAAAAGCAAAACCUACAAAAAAUGUUAUUAAGGAAAAAGAAUAUCAAUCUGAUGAAGCUUGAUAGAAUCUAAUCUAAGAAUGAUGCGAUGAGAGUUAAAACUUUAUAUAACUUCAAAUUUUCCUUGCCGAGAGUAUCUUUAUCAGGGCAUAAUAUGUCGAAAGCAGAGAUGAUAUUAGAAGAGGAUAAGGGCAAAUCUUAAGACAAACUAAAAGCCAAAGUCAAGAGAGUUCUUGAUGAGACUAGUAGUAACUUUUAGUUAAACCCAGCUAUGCUGCUUCUAAAUCAAAAUCCUACUACAACUCAAGCUCAUGCCAUUCAAGACAGCAUUACAAAACUAUUCUCAACUAGUGCGCAUAGGCCUAAGCCAUAGGUCCCUCUUAGAACUAAACUAUAAUCCUCAUACAAAUUUGGAUCACCUAGGAAAGAGACAGUACCAGGAUUAUAGAUAAAACUUGGCAAGAAUAACAUGGACCAGACUCCCUAGAUAGACUCGAGUCUUGAGUAUUGGAGUAUAUUAGAUAAGUCAACAUCAAUUGGAACCUCCAAUACCUUGCAUAAUAAACUAUCUAAGCCUAUAUCAAAUAAUAAAAGCACUGAUAAGUUAGCACAUAAUACAUCUUUCAAUCAAAAUCCUAUACCUCUAGAGUCUAUUAACGGUAAAAGACUAUAUUAGUUAAAUGUUUUUAUAGAUCGAAUAGAUUCACCUAGAAAGUCAAUGAAAUAAGAUAGCAAAGAGGGAGAGGUUGAAUUUAGCUUUAAAAGCAGAAAGUCAUUUGAGAGUAAAUCAUUUGAUAGAGAUUCCUUCUCAAAUCCAAACGACUUCACCCGAAAGACAAAACUUUUUCUUAAGAUGCUAAAUCAUAUGACAAAUGCCAGUAUGAAUCCUGAACAUAACAUAGAUAUGACUGAAGCAAAUAAAAAGUAAGCAGGAUAAAGCAAGCGGAACUAAGAUAUAGAUGAAGAAGAAUGGAUAUAUAGAGCAGGCAAGGCGAUAAAUAUGAAACAGCUUAGAUAGCGUUUGAACCUAUAGUCCAAGGUCUACUAAGAAAUAGACUUCUUUGAUAAUGUCAAUACUCUUUAGGGCGGUAUCAGCAGAGCUAUACCUAACUUUAGCUUCAACUAGCUCAAUUAGGAAAGCACCAAUAAAAUCGGCGAGACUUCAAGAAUAAACUUUAACAUAAAGAGUCAAUCAAUUAGUGAUGAAAAUUGUAAAAAAAUCUUAAUAUAGUCCUAAUCAAAUCUUCAAGACGAACUUAGAUUGCUAAAACUGAAAAUUAAAAUGACAGAUAAUAUUAUCACCUAGCCCACAGAGAUGGAUUAAGAUGUCUUAAUAAAUUAAUAUGAGAAUAAUAUUAAGCAAACUAACUUUCAAGAUAAAGAUAAACUUAUUUAGUUUUUGGAAUCUAAUAGAGAUCAUUUUAGCAACAGUCUUGACAAGAAACAAUUACAGCAGUAUUUUAAUUUAAAAAUCUAGGAAUCAAAUAAAAAUUCUGAAAAUUCUCCCUCCAAAAGAAAAUAACUAGCUUAGUCACUGAGGUAAUCUCCUGGCUCCCCUGGCUCUAAUGAAAAUGAAAUAGUCUCUACCAAAGAUUAUCUUGAUAGUAUUAGAAAUUCCGCUGAAUUUUAACAUAACAAGGAACUAUAUCUAAAGAAAAAGACAAUAGAGAAAGUUGUGAACUAUAUAUAAAAAUAAGGAGUUGAAUUCGCAACUGAUAGGAUUCCAAGGGUAGAAUAUAAAUGA